CGGAAGUCAGUUUAUUGGAAGUCAGUGUUUUAUGUAGUCUGUGUAACGCGACUACUGUAAAAUAUACAUAUAACAUAUAGAACAAUGUAACUGCGUGUCUGUAGUUCGCAUUUAACUGCUUCUUGUGUUAGCAUGACUUCCUGUGCCUCUACUUUCCUCCUCUUGUUUAGUUACGCUUCAUCCUCCAUCAGAGAGACGAAAACGUGAUUUAAAUGAAGCUGAUUUGUCCCACUGAUCUAAAAAAAAGACUGGAUCGAGCUUCUAUUGUUUUAUUUUUGAAGCCAAUGGAAAUUUGCGGCGGCCAUCUUGGUGAGACCACUUUGCUGUGAGACAACAGUAUGGCAACGCACUGGUAAAACUUCGAUUGAUCGUAUAGCCACCAAAAUCAACUGCUAAAGCCUUUGACGUUUCUUGAAUGGCUUUGACAAGGCGGCGUGGAGCAUGGAUUUGCAGUACAGAUAUAUCUGCGGGUUUUGGCUCGGCGUGCAGGUCGUCUUGGCGGUAGACUCUGUGAGACUCCUGGAUCCUCCCCAGGAGCCUGUUCCGGAUCAUGCCAUCAUUCAAGUUCUCUACUCUUGUGAUGCGCCUGCCAUCGUGCGGCUAGACUGCGUGGUGACCUUUGACAUCGGCAACAUCUCCACCUCCCUGCUGGUGCAAUGGAGGUGCAUCCCUGGGAAACUAAAGAAAAGGACCCUCCGGCUGACCCUGCCUGAUUGGCUGGUUUAUCAACCGGACGGAAUAGUUCCGGGUUCUCAUUGGGUGUUGAGCUGCAUCCUUCGAGCGUCAGUCGGGUACGAGAAAGUCGGCAAGUGGACGGUCUCGGCACAGGACGUGGCGACGCUGCAGCCUCGGCCUCCCUAUAGUCGACCUGCUAAACCACAUCAGGUCUGCUUUGCUUGGGGUGUGCUCAUGUUGAGAUUCGGCCAGGACGUUACCAGGAAGCUGUGCCCACUGGAGGAAGAAACGGUCCAUUUCCUGUCCUCCAUCUUUGCCUCCACCGGGGAGCCGUUUGGCAUCACAAAGACUCUCCGCCCAUAUGGCAGCGACACUCUGGAGUAUCUGCGCGUUCGUGCCUUCUCUUUCCCGUGGUGCGUGUUCUCCAUGUGGGUGUUUGUGACGAGGAGCUGCCAGGGUAGCGCGUGUGGGCUGCUUUACCACAUCGACUCCCGCAGCAACUACGCCACACCAACGCUGCUGCUCACCAAAUCAGGCCAGCUGCAUGUCCAACUCCACGGAGGGCCCAAUGCAUCCACUGCCAUCCUCUCUCUCUUCAAGGUGCCUUUGAGGGAGUGGUGUCAGCUCCGUUUGAAGUUGCAAGGCAGAAGCGUGACCGUCACUCUGGUGCGCUUGGGCAAAGAGUCCAGACGAGUGGAGUCAACAGAACACAGGUUGAGCCAUGACGUCACGCUGAUCGACACUGAUGGCUACUUUGUGAUCGGAGGUGGGAGGUUCAUAAAAGGUGUGGAAGGUUAUUUUGGACCCUUGGUUUACUACCGAAACAGAGCAUCUCCUCAAAGCCUGUCGGACGUUGCUCUUCCAGACGUCAUUAAGGAUGUGAACCUAACCGGAUGGCUGCAAGCCUGCCAAGAAUUGACUCUUAAUAUAAACCAAAGCAUCCAUUUCUACUCUCUUCUGGCCCAACAGGGCAAAAAGUCUGGCAUGGAGGCUUUCCACAAUGACACACGGGAAGAUUCAAGGGAGAAGUGUGAGCUGUGGGAGGCACCGAGUCCUCCGUAUGGUGCUAAAGUCGCCAAAUAUUUGGCUCUCAAACUUGGGGGGAGAGGGCUCAGCCUGCAGGCGGUGGGCAGAGCGCUGUACUCGCUCGCGCUUCACAAACUAGACGGUGCGAGCGACAUGAAAGUGCUCAGCAAAAUAUUACCUCUGCUGCUGCAAGCCGGCUGCUUAGGUGACACUCGAGCGCUGCACAUGUCAUCCGUCGUCUACAGCUCAGGCCUGGGGGUCGACAAAGAGCCCAGCAAGGCGUGGUCGCUGGCCCUGCUGGCUGCCCAGAAAGACGAUCGAUUUGCUCUCCUGCGACUGGGCCACCUGCACCACCGGGGCCUCCACGGAGUCCUCGCUGACCCCGAUGUGGCCUACGCUUACUAUGCGAACGUCGCCAAACAGACCACUUUAGACCGGCACAAUCCCUCGCCGGAACAGGUGUAUGUGGAGGAUAUUUACUUGCACAAGGAGGAGGUCCUGAGGCUUCAAACCAAUGAAGACCAUCACAUCUUCCAGUGGCUGAAACAUCAGGCACGCAGAGGUGCACCUGAUGCGGAGCAAGCUAUUGGCCGCAUGCUGUUCUGGGGUCAGCAGGGAGUGUCUCCUAACAUGCAGGCGGCCCUAAGGCACUACAAGAGGGGGGCGGUGCUGUUGGAGGACCCAGUAUCUAUGUAUGAUUUUGGAAUCGCACUCCUGCAGGGACACGGGGUCCAAAAGGACAUUCCAAAAGCCAUUGUGUUUUUGAAAAAAGCAAUGGACAAGGGUUUCGUGCCUGCGAUCAGCGCCCUGGCGUGGUACUACGAACAGUCUGAGCGUGACUAUGACAAGGCGGUGCAACUCUGGGAGAUGGCGGACCACCUCGGGAGCCCGGAUGCAGCUCUGAACCUCGGUGUCGUGUACGCAGUCGGUCUUUACCCGCGACGAGCCGCUGACCAGUACACGGCCUACAAGUACUAUCUUAAGGCGGCAGAGCGAGGACACGUCAGGGGUGCGGCUGAGGUGGCCAACAUCUGGUCCACAGGGAUCCCCGGUCGCGUCACUCGGCGUCCGUCAGAUGCUGUCAUAUGGGCAAAGUGGGCAGCGGAGCACAAUGGGUACCUGGGUCGCCUGUUGAGGAGAGCCCUGGACUGCUUCCUGAAGAGUGACAUGUUUGGUUCGUUGGUGCAUUACAUGAUGGCUGCAGAGCUGGGCUACGCAGCAGCUCAGUUUAACGUGGCUUAUCUGUGUGAUCAUCACAAGGGUGAUUUUCUAGAUCCCGUGUUUGCACUGCACUGCAUGCGAAGAUAUUACAACCUAACCAUCCAGAAUCAGAAGCAUGAGCCUUACGCCUUGAUCCGCAUGGGUGACAUGUGGUACGAGGGCCAGGUUGACGGGCGCAAAAGGCUGCACUAUGCAGCAGAAAUGUACAAACUGGCAGCACUACGGAAUGAGCCGCAGGGUUGGUACAACCUUGGGCUCCUUGUUGAAGACGGUUACAGACCGUCAUUGCCUCUGCUGUCUCAACUGGGCCUUUUGGACUUCUGUUUGGCAGACAGCGUCACGCUACGAAGUGUUUUGUACCAAAGGUGUAGAGACUCUGAAAAUUCCGACUCCUACUUGCCUUGCAGCCUGGCUCUUCUUAGGGUGUAUCUGCAAGUCUUCCAAAAACAAUUUAGCACUUCUAUUAAGUACGCCAGCACCAUCGCUGCAGUCGGAGCUCCCAUCGUUGCCCUAAUGGUCCUGGCCUUCUUCAGAAGACGUGUCUUGUCUCUCAACUAGCACUCCAGCAAAUUCUACCAGGAUCGAUGAAGUCUAGUGCAUGUUGCCUUAAAAACGAUGUAUUCACUUUGCACUUGUCUGAUAUCUUUUUAAAUAAAUGCCGAGGGACAUGACU